UUCCCCAUCUUUACGUUUCAGUCACUCUCAAUCAAACUCUCGGAACGCAACAACAAUGGCAGCAAAAUCCAAAUUCUCCGAAACCCCAAAACCCGUUCUUCCAUGGAAGACUCGAAUUUCAAUAUCCUUCCUCUCAGCCUUAACGGACGCCGCACGCCGCUCUAACGGCACCGUUAACCGCCGUCUUAUGAACUUCCUCGAUCGCAAAACCCAACCAAACGCCACCCCUGUUAACGGCGUUUCCACCAAAGACGUCAUCGUCGACGCCACUCGCAACCUCUGGUUCCGCGUCUUCACCCCCACCGCCGCCGCCGCCAACGCCUCCCUCCCCGUCGUCGUCUUCUUCCACGGCGGCGGUUUCGCGUUCCUUUCGCCGGAUUCGUUUGCGUACGACGCCGUUUGCCGGCGAUUCUGCCGCCGAAUUCCCGCCGUCGUCGUCUCCGUCAAUUACCGCCUCUGCCCGGAGCACCGGUAUCCUUCGCAAUACGACGACGGCGAGUCCAUCAUAAAAUUCCUCGACGAAAACCGCGCCGCGUUGCCGGAAAAUGCUGACGUGUCAACGUGCUUCCUUGCCGGCGACAGCGCUGGCGCCAAUUUGGCCCAUCACGUGGCGGUCCGGGCCUGCAAGUCGGGGCUCCGGGAAGUCCGGAUCGUCGGGUUGGUAUCGAUCCAGCCAUUCUUUGGCGGGGAGGAGCGAACAGCCUCGGAGGUGCGACUGGAGGGGUCGCCGCUGGUGUCGGUGGCGAGGACCGAUUGGCUGUGGAAGGUGUUGUUGCCGGACGGGUCGGAUCGCGAUCACGGGGCGGCGAAUGUGAGCGGGCCAAAUGCGGAGGAUUUGUCGGGUCUGGAUUACCCGGAUACCCUUGUGUUUGUGGGUGGGUUUGACCCGUUACAAGAUUGGCAAAGGAGGUAUUACGAGUGGUUGCAGAAAUCAGGUAAAAAGGCCCAAUUGAUUGAGUACCCUAAAAUGAUUCAUGCGUUUUAUGUGUUCCCUGAUUUGCCCGAGUCAUCUCAGUUGAUUUCACAAGUCAAGGAUUUCAUCACCAAAAGACUCGCCGAUUUGAAAUGAUUAUUGUUAUAAUCUGUUAAUUAGAUUAUGCAUUCUAGAUUCCAAGUUUAGUGGUGAUUUUAGCUGGCCGUGCUGUGUGACACUAUUAUACAUUUGGGACUCCCAAAGUGCUCAAUUUAGGAUUUGUUUACGUUUCCGUUGGCUCUCGAUUAUAGUUUAUAAUAAAUAAUACAAGAUAUAUCAUAGGGUAAUUUGUGUGUGGUAUCUUUAUCCAUGUUGGAAGUAUGUACCAUUUUCCUUUUUUUUUGGCUGGUUAGUUGUGUAUAUAUUGG